CCUGACUACACACCCUUUAAAUUCACAUGUACAUGAUACAGUAAUACUUUGUCAUAACAGCAAUUAUCUUGGCAAGGCUACAAAACAAAAUAGGAUCAGUGAUUGUCUGCACAAGUGUUUGUUGAGUCUCCGGAACACGAGGUCAAUUGGAUGAUGAUUGCAUCUAAUGGAAAGAAAGAGUUCUGUAUAUAAACAUGUCCCCUACACCAUCCAGACAAACUCCUGAGGUCACAGUAGAUGAAGGAGGACUACACACACAGAACCUGCCACAUAUCAGACAUCCAUUGAUUCCAGAUCUUUUGGAGGUCACUGGGUUAUCCUACUACUGGGGCACCCUGAGCCAAAGGAAGGCUGAAGCUCUGUUACAUGACAGCCCAGAUGGCUCCUUUCUUUUAAGAAAUUCAUCUCAGGAUGGUUGUGCUUUUUCAGUCACUUUCCGUCGAAGGGGGCUCACCCGGCAUGCUCGGGUUCAGUACUGCAAUGAACACUACAGCUUUCACUGGGGCUGUUUCAGAGCUCCAUCUGUUCCUAUUCUCCUGGAUUAUUACAGUGAUCCCACAUUGUGUACAUACUUUGAACCACUUCUUACCCGGCCUUGGAUCCGAAAUUUCCCUCUAACCCUUCAGGAGUUGUGCCGAGCAACUAUUAACAUGUACGUCAUGUAUGAGAGCAUUCAAAAAAUGCCCUUACCACGAGCCAUGAAGGAAUAUCUGUGGGAGUGCCACUAUAAGGAGAAACCUCUUGAAACCAAUUAAGACAUCACUCUCCAAACAUUAAAACACAAUAGCCUCUUCUACCACAUGACAUUUUCUAUAUUUAUAGCACCCUGUAAAAAGUGUAAAUGGCACCUGAGUCCUUAUGAAAUAAGGUCCACUGUGCUUGCAGGAUUCCUGAAAUAAGGUCUACUGUGAUUGCCGGAUUCCUGAAAUAAGGUCUACUUUGCUUGCAGGAUUCCUGAAAUAAGGUCUACUUUGCUUGUAGGAUUCCUGAAAUAAGGUCUACUGUGCUUGCAGGAUUCCUGAAAUUAGGUUUUCAGCUUUCUGAUUAUUUUUUAUUUAAAUAAUAUGUAUAGUUUUAGAUUGUUUCAAAACCAGAAAACUUUGUUAGACUCAAACAGUGGGCUAUGAAGGAAUGUCAUAUGAAAUGCUUAAUGAGUCUUGUUUUAAGUAAAUAAAGAAAAUAUGUGAUUCUA